UAUAAAAUUAUCUGACUGAUUUACCAUGUUUUUGGGGUAUCGAAAACUACCCAAGUGUAAAGAAAGAACAUGGACAAUGAAGAGGAUUAUUAAUGCAAUGCCAACGGCACAAACCCCCUCACAGAAGACAAAGAAACCUGAGACACUGGGGAGUGAUAAGGCUACUCCUGCUGAAGUGACAACCGAGACUUCACAGUGCCUCCGCAUGGCCCUAGAAGUUCUAUACUCAGAGAAAGCAGGGGGUGUGUGUGCAGAGUUUACUCCUCAGAAACUUAAGGAACUGUACCAGGUGUUGUGCAGCAUCAUGAAUAAUGCACUGCUUGGGGAAUCUCCCUCCGUGGAGGAAUUGCGCAUUGCCAGUCAGGUCAUUGCCGCUGGACAGAAAUACCAUGGAGUCUGUCAACAGGAGGAAUGGAGCCCCAAAAACUGGUUCAACAUGUUCACUCAACUGGUGGAGCAGGCUGUGAUCAAGAAGAUCCCUCAGCCACCACUCAAGAGCCUGGGGUCUGGACAUCCAGAGAAGGUGCUGGCUGAAUACCUGCAGCUGGCCCAGAAGACAGUGCUGGAGGAGCUAAAGAGGCUAAGCCCAGGUUUGAGAGAGACCCCACUUCUUGACUGCGUGGUUGAGAAUUUUCACCUCUACAUUUUUGCCCAACUGGACCAGGUCUUGAAUUGUACCCUUACUGCAGACAAAAUCAACCUGGUGCUGUAUUGGGUGGCACGUGUGUACCUGAGUGAGAAAUCAAUGGGUCACCCUGACAUCAAGGAUAACUGUUUCAGGGCAGUUGACAUGCUGGUCCUUUCAGACUGGUUGCAGAGGGCAGAAAAGAUGUUCCUCACUGCUAUACAGGAGGUUGUCUCAGAGAGAUUGCACAGUAUCCUUCAAAAUGAGAAGAUCUACUGGGGCACUUGUAUCCCAGGAGAUGAGGAGGACUUCAUUAAACUGCAAAUAGAUGUCAUUCAGGUCCUCCAAGGUUUCAUCGAGCCGGCAGGCAUGAUUAGUAAACAACUCAAAGUCAAAGUACAAGAAAUCUGUUACCCGAAGCUGUUGGUCUUUUUAGAAAAAUAUGUAGAGAGAGAACAGAAGCGACUGAAAAUGCAUGCAAAAUCAGGAGAGAUGUACCCUUUCAGAACAUUCAGCACUUCAAUGGAACUUAGGAAGUAUGUACAAAAAAUUGCAAGCAAUAGAAAUGAUGAGUCCAUCAAGGCUGUCCAUUCAUUAAAGAGCAUUGAGGCCCAGUCUUUGGCGCUUGUGUUGAAGAAGCCAUUCUCCAAAGCAGAGGCUUCUUUAAAAGAGUAUUUUAAGAAAGGAGAUGGACACAGGAUGGGUGAGAUGGAAGAGAUAAAAAUGCAUUUCAGGACCCUCCCCAAAAUGAAUCAAGAGGCAUACAAGAUAGCUGUUGACACAGCUUAUGAUCGCCUCACUUCUCUGUACCUGAAAUACCUAUUACAGAGCAACAAGAGUGAGCUAGAAAGGACAUGGAGUGAUGUAGGGAGUGAAGUGACAGAGAAUGCAGAGUAUUUACACAAUAUGUUCUCUCAUCUGAACCCAGAAGUGAUACAGAGGAACCAGGCUCUACUGAACGUUGGAAAGAUCCUAAAGUGCAGUGAUAUAAACGCGCUGAAGAUAACAAUUGCCGAAAUGAGGAUAGACUGUCCUGACAUGAGUCAAGAGCAGGUUCGCAUUCUGCUGCGGUGGAAGGGUCUAUCACAGAGUCAAGUGAAAGAGGUCCUGGACGCAAGCCAAGAAUGUUUGUACACUAUUGACCUGCCCAACAAGCCAAGAUGGUACCGUUAUUGCUGCUGCUACUGACUGAGCAGAGCCUUCCAUGGUUCAAGGAUAUGGACACAACCCCACAUUGAUGCUCUGAACACGCCUCAACAGUGAAUGAAUGUUAUUCUUUUUCAACAAUGGUGUGUUGGAGUGUAGAGAAUGAUUUAUUUUCAGUUAUUCUUCAGUUUGAAGACAAAUGUAGGCCCAAUGGGGACUUUAUUUCUGUUUAGAGCAAUUGCAGUGCAGGAAAGUGUCUAGGGAAUGUAUAUAUGUCCACACCUAAAUUAAUUUUGGUAAUAAAUAUAUGCUGUAUAUCUCAUUUUAAGUGUCAUUGACUGAUGCACCAUUCUGAGAUCUUUUGAGUGUGUCCUGCAAAAUUUCAUAUUUUUUGUGAUAUUCCCUUUGAAUUAUUGUUUACUAAUUUAGGAUAGUUUAAGAAAUUAUGAUGAGUGAACAUGAACCUAUAGUUAGGGGGCAGUUGCAUUAAUGUAAAUAAUAAUAUAAAUGUUAUUUUCUUUAUUGGCAAGCACAUUCAUGUAAUAUGGUGUAGGGGCACUUGCUAGUGUUUUGUAUUGUGAAUAAUGUUACUGCUUAUUUAGGUGGAGAGACCUGUGUGAAACCAUUAUUUUGUGUCAAGGGAAGUGGGGAAUGUCGGCUUCAAAAUAUUAAACAUUAUAUGUAGCAUAUGUUAUAUGUUUCUGUUUUACUUGACACAAUUUCUCUUUUGCAGUAGAUGGCAGCAAAAGACAAUUGAACAAACAGUUUCACCAUUGUUGUUAUUGAGGUGCAAAGCUCCAUGGGACAUGGUUUUGUUGUAGUCAUUACAUAACAUCCGUCAUCUAUAUCCUGGACAGUACCAGUACCCGAAAGAACCUGCGCUGACACAGGGAGAACAUGCAAACCCCACACAGAAAGGCCGAGAUUUGAACCCGUUUUGCUGUGAAGCGACAGUGCUACCUACUGCACCACCAUUAUCACCACAGGAUGCUAUGGUGAUGAUUAAGAUCAUAAACAAAGAUUGUUGUGUGUUAUCUAGUUAUUUUUUGGCUACCCUCAUUGUCCAAUGCAUUCAGUAAGCACAAAAAUUUACCUGUGUUCUAUGAUAGUGAUCAUCACAAGUGUGGUUACCGGUGUUUAUUGAAUAGCCCCUCGUUAUUUGCAUUGAAGUUCUUUUUGUGCUAGUUUUGCAGAUAGUGACUAUGCAAUCCCAUUCCAAUUUUAAUUGUAGGCUGCUACUUAUCGCAUUUUGAAGGAUUAGAAUGUUAAUUUUUUUUAGGUGAAUAACAAGAAGUUACAACAAAAAGUAACAACAUUACAGCACAGCAAGUUGCAUAAUAAUAAUAAUAAUACAUUAUUUAUAGAGUGCUUUUUCCCAACCCAUAAAAAAAUUACAAUAUACAUAAUUAAAGGAAGAUAACACAAAACAGAAAGUACAAGCACAGCAAAAAGCCAA